AAAAAAGAAAGAAAAGAAAAGAAAAGGAAGGGUUUUAUCGCUUGUGUGUGUGUGGGUAUGAGGAGGCCCCUCUCACUCCAUUCCUUCUCCAGGACAUCCCUCCACUCUUGGAAGACACGGAGAAGGGCUAGUUCCAGCUGGAGCUUGGAUGGGCAAUUGAGGGAGAAGGAAGGAGAAGGGGGAAGGAGAACAGGGUUUGGGGGAAAGGACCCUGGGGAGGGAAGCGGCGGGGAAUACAGCAUCGGGCCUGCAGGCGAGGCUACCUACCCACUUGGAAACCGACGCCAAAGCAGCAGAGCCACUCUGAGGCCUCCCCUCCCCAGCGGUGCCCACUCAGCUCCAGUCUCUCUCCUUUUCUCUCCCACACUCUAUCACCCCUGGCUUCCUCUCUACUUAUUUCUCAUUCUUCCUUGACUUCCUGGUUCCCUUUCUCAUUUGUCUAUUUCUCACUUUCUGCCUCAUUUUGUUCUCUUUCUCUGGCCCAUGUCUGUUUCUCUAUGUUUCUGUCUUUCUCAUCCUGUAUGUUUUUGGCUCACCUAGUUUCUCACUGUUCUCCCCUCUGCCCUUUCAUUCUCUCUGUCCUUGUACAUUCCGUCUCUUUCCCUUGGUUUCUCUGUUUCUGUAUCUGCCUUUCACCCUGUCAUACUGCUGUUUCCCAACUCAUUGUCUGUAUUUUUGGCCCUCACUGUGUCUUCCCCAACCCCGUGUUUUUCUCGCAGUUUCUUUCUCUCUUUUGGAGCCUCCCCCUUGCUCCUCUGUCCCGUCUCUCUUGCCCCAUCAUCCUCGCUCCUCAUUCCUGCAUUUGCUUCCUCCCCAGCAACAGCGUGAUCUUGCUGGGUCGGCACAACCCGUAUUAUCCUGAAGACACGGGCCAGGUGUUUCAGGUCAGCCACAGCUUCCCACACCCGCUCUACAACAUGAGCCUCCUGAAGAAUCGAUACCUCGGGCCAGGUGAUGACUCCAGCCACGACCUCAUGCUGCUCCGCCUGUCAGAGCCUGCCGAGAUCACAGAUGCUGUGCAGGUCCUGGACCUGCCCACCUGGGAGCCAGAGCUGGGGACCACGUGCUACGCCUCAGGCUGGGGCAGCAUCGAACCGGAGGAACACUUGACUCCAAAGAAACUUCAGUGUGUGGACCUCCAUAUUAUUUCCAAUGAUGUGUGUGCGCAAGUUCACUCUCAGAAGGUGACCAAGUUCAUGCUGUGUGCUGGAAGCUGGAUGGGCGGCAAAAGCACCUGCUCGGCAAUAGGUGAUUCUUACGGCACAGUCCAUGUGUCCCUGCAUUCAGCACACGGUUACUAGGCACCUGCUAUGCGCCCAGCACUGCCCUAGACCCUGGGAAGCAGCAGUGAGCAGCCCUUCCCUUCUGCAGCCCCUGUGCCAGUCAGGGGCACAGGCAGGAACAGGGACCACAACGCAGAAAUGCUGGAGGAUGUCAGGAGGUGAAAGGGUUCUGGGGCAGGGAGAAGGGGUAGGGAGUACGACUGGGAGGGGACGUCCUGCAGAAGAUGGGAGUGAGCAAACACCUGCCGCAGGGGAUGGGGGAGCCAUGCAGCACCUGGGGCAGCAGAGGGAGCAGCACCUGCUCAGGUCUGGGAGGAGGGCCCUGGUGGGCGUGAGGAGCAGCGAGGGGGCUGCGUGGCUGGAGUGAGGGAUCAGGGACGGGGGCGAGAUGGCCUCGCACAGGGAAGAAAGGACCCCUCUUGCAGGGCCUCCCCUGGGCCGCAGAAGGACAUGCUUUUCCUCUGAGGAGUCAGGAGCUAGGGAUGGUGCUGGACAGAAGCGGGAAAGGGCCUGGCUCAGGUGUCCAGAGACUGCUGCUGGCCUCCCUAUGGGAUCAGACUGCAAGGAGGAAGGGUGGCAGGGCUGUGGGCGGAGUGAUGAUGGGGCUGACCUGAGGGUGGUUCCAGGCCUUGUCCCCACCUGGGCCCUCACGCAGCCCCCCUCACAGGCUCCUGGCCCUUAGUCUUUCCCCUCCGCUCCAUUUUCCACCUGGCCCCAGUGGGUCAUUCUGAUCACUGAACUGACCAUGCCAGCCCUGCUCACAGCCCUCCAUGGCUCCCCAGUGCCCUGGAGAGGAGGUGUCUAGUCAGAGAGUAGUCCUGGAGAGGUGGCCUCUGUGAUGAGCCACGGGGGCGGCAUCCUGCAGAUGCUCUUGGCUCUCGUCCCGCUGACCUGUCUGCAAGGACUGUCCUCCUGGACCCUCCCCCCUGCACAGGAGCUGGACCCUGAAGUUCCUUCCCCAUCGGCCAGGAUUGGAGCCCCUGUCCCCCCUAUUGGAAUCCCUGCCCACCUUCUGGGAGUCGGCUCUGGAGACCUUUCUCUCUUUUCCCAAAGCUGGGAGCUGCUAUCUGUUAUGUGCCUGUCCGGGUCUGAAAGACAGGAUUGCCCAGGCAGAAACUGGGGCUGACCUAUCUCACUCUCUCCCCACU